AUGUUUUCCAACGCGAUCAAGCUAGAAAAUCUGAACGAUUACUACAACGAGGGGGAGCAAUGCAUAAAGCCCUUUCUGUACAAGUCGCAAAUUGUGAAUGAGGACGACCUGAGCAAGCCAAAUUUAAUCAACAUAAAUAGGAAGAAUAAAGAAAAGAAAAAAAAGGAGAGGGGAGAAAUAUCGCUGACUGACUGCUUAGCCUGUAGUGGCUGCGUUACAAAUGAAGAGACCAAUUUUCUCAAAAACCAAAAUGCAGUCGAAAUUUUAAACGAAAUUAGGAAAAAAAAAAUCAACAUCAUUUCCUUGUCUUUGCAAAGCAUCACAGCCUUGUCCGUACAUUACAACUUCUCCAUUCAGAGGACACAGAAGAAGUUAUGCUUUCUGUUCAAGUCGUUGGGCUUCGAUUAUGUGUAUGAAUCCUCCCUUAGCGAAUUGAUAGCUCUGAAUGAGAGCAAGCGUGAGUUUAUGCUCCACUUUGGGAAGGCCACGAGGACAGGGAAACAAGGCGAGGACUAUGCAAACCAUGCCGAUGAUACCUUGGGCAGUAAAAGGGACCACCGCCUGAAAUCCAAUCGGGGAAGUAAAACUGAGCUUACGGGGGGCAACCUGGAGAAGGCAGUUACAAAUGGGAGUAACCUCACCAAAGGCAACAGCAACCAUGCCAGUAUCUACACACGUGAGGGAAACAUCUCCCUUCCUGUGAUUUGCUCUCAUUGCAGUGGCACCGUUAUAUAUGGAGAAAAAAAUUUCGAUGAAGAACAGCUAAACUUAUUUAGUCAAGUAAAAUCCAGUCAGGACAUCCAGGGAAUCAUCUUAAAAAUCCUGCACCUCCAGAAGAGCAUAAAUGUGACUCUGCCCCUGCUGGAAAGCCUCCCCCCGCUGAGGAACUUUUUCAAUUUGUACUGCAAAUACGAGUCGCAGUUUUGGGCCGUUUGCAGGAAGCACUAUCGCAGGAACCACCGUUUUUUGCCAUCGGGCCAAGCUGACAGCGGAGGCAAUGGAAGGAGAGGCAGGAGCGGAAGCAACGGAAGCAGCCGAGGCAUCCGAAGCAGCGGAAGAAGUCGUGUGAAUGCCACCCCCCCAACGAUCUACGACAUCAACCAUGUUUACCUGCUGUACUGCUUCGACAAAAAGUUGGAGGCGCACAGAAGUAACCUCCCCCAAGAGAAUUCCCUAAAUCAGAACAUGCUUUCCUAUCUGUCUUAUGUCUCGCCACGGACGUUCCACCCGAUGAGGGAGGCGGCCAACACAGACCAACAGGAGAAGAGAAACUUCCACUGCGUCGAUGCUGUGCUAACCACGGUGGAGCUCGUCGAGCUGAUAAACGACACGGGCAUUGAUCUUAUGUCGCUGCCAGAGAUUCCUGUUGACAGUGUGUACGACCUUUUGCGGGGCGCCAUGAAGGGGUUGGAGACAAAUAAGACAAAAAGGGGCCCCGACAAAGCUGCCGCGGAUGACACCCCGCCCAGGACAGACGCCGAACGGAUUGGCAGCCGCAACCUGCACGAAGUGCGCGAACUGCGCGAACUUUACGACCAGCUCGCCGAGUACACACUCCGGUGCGGAAAUAGAAAUAACAUUUCGAUGGGUUACGGAGAAGAGAUAUUCAAAUGUGUGUGCAGAGACGUGUUCAAUUUUGAGGUGGACGAGAAGGAGUUCCAUCUCAAGUACCACGACAUAGUGGUGUUGUCCCUGUUGGAAGGCGAACACUGCGUUUUCCGCGUGAUCCUUUCCUACGGCUUUAAGAGCAUGUAUAGUGUUAUCCGGAAGGUCAAGGAGAGCAGGGGGGGGAACGCCCCACAGAGAAAUCCCCCAGGGAAGAAUCCACCACGGAGAAAUUCAUCACGGAGAAAUUCCCCAUGGAGAAAUUCCCCACGGAGUGGUACGCCACCGAACCCCCCCGGCGAGGAAAAAAAAUACGACGUGGAAAUUACCUACAAUCUGCAUUUCACCGGAAGAAUCGACUACAUAGAAUUGAUGGCCUGCGAAAAGGGGUGCCUCUUCGGAUGCGCCCAGAACAUUUUUUCAGAACGUGUCCAUAGGCGCACCUGCUGCCUCUGCUACAACUCUCGCAUUUUUAAAAAAAUCGCUCAGCAGGAGGUUAUUGAAAAUUUUGACUUCCUCCGUUCAGAUGAAAGGAGCGAUGCGGAGGGAGGUGGAGGACAAGGGGAAGAUAAAACGGAAGGCAUUAUUUGUGCCAGCGAAAAGCACAGACGGUGUGAUCAUCACAUGCAGGAUGUGGAAGCCUCAUCGAGUAACGAAGGGGAGACACGAUAUUAUUAUCAAUUGUCUAAUCAGCAAAAAGUGGACACAGAAAAGCUGUUUCAAAAAAUGUAUGACAACAUGCAUAGUGAGAAACUGACGCGGUAUGUCAAUUCGAGCAAAUGCGAUAGGGAUAUAAGUGUCAACUCGUUUUUAAAAAACAUCGGCAACUUUUUCAACACGGAGACUUUCCACAUUCUUAAGACUUCCUUUUCUUCCAAGAAGAAGGCAGACAUUAUCAAUUGGUGA